UAUUGAAUUAUCCUGUAAGAAAUAAAUUUGAGAGAAAUGUUUAUGUUUAAGUUGACAUAUAUGAAAUCACAAAGACUGGCUUCUUGAUCACCUUUGGAUGGUCAAUAAACUUCGACAUUUAAUUAAAGCUAUUAUGUCAGGCCAGAAUCCCGUUAAGGAAGUAGUGUUCACGACCAGCAGACCUCUCGACGUCCCGCGACCGUGAUUUGUAUUGUGUAUUAAUCAAGUGCCACUGUGAGGUGCUACCUGUGUGUAUUAAUUACUUACCCUAAUGCCAGCGGUUACCUGUGUUCACGACCCUCGCCUUUGACCCCACCUUGCCGCCACACCCCAUCUGAUGUUUACCUGUGUGUACCAAUCAACUGUCAAUGUCAUCGUUGAUUAAGUUCGAUCGAUCUCAUCGACUUGUCACAGGUAAGCGAUAGAAAGUUGAUCGUUCGUUGAUUGAGUCGAUCAAGCCCUGGCUUCAGUCAGGGAUACGCCAAGGUGAACACUUUUUACCAUGCUAAUUAGCAGGAACUUUCAGCAAAAGUAAACGCUAUAUAUAAAUGAGGGUGGCAUCUGGGUACGACAUUCGGGAUAACUACGGACUACUAGCAACACUCUUUUUUUACAGACGAAGAUUCUACACGCAAAGAUGCACACUACGAUCUUUGACCAGGAAAUGACCUCUGAUCAGGAUAUGACCUUUGACCAGGAGAUGCUGACCCCGAAGACGACGAAGAACUUGGACGGUUUCCAUGACGACGAUUCUGGCCUUGGCUUUGAAGAUGAGGACUACAUGGCUGUUUUCGGAGGAGAGUUUUCUCCUCGAAAAGACACAACGGACAAUUCCAAUGAGUUUCAGUUCCACCGUCCAUCCAAAGGUCCUAUGGCUCGCCGGGACCUGUUUUCCAGGAAAAGCCUCAUGCAAGACGAAUGUGACGACUAUCCCGCCCCUAGCUGUAGAUCCCCUGACUCAAAAGUCGGUUUCGUUUGCGAUGGGGGACCAUAACAAUGCGUGUCUUAGUGCUGAUGUCAAGAUGGCCGUGGAUUUGAUGGCAGAAACUGAGGACUUAGUAGCUGACGGAAGCCGACAGUAUUGUCUACCCACCAUUAAAGGGAAGCAUCAGGAUUUAAAGAGCAUUUCACCGCAAACGAUGUGUGACGUAUUGCGUGGCGGAUACGAUGACGUCAUCGCUAGCUGCAGAAUCGUCGACUGUCGGUACCCGUACGAGUUUGAAGGAGGACACAUACAGGGGGCAGAGAACCUCUACACGCAUGACGCCAUCAAGGAACUUCUUCAGACCGGAAGUCGUGACAAUAAGAGACAUAUUGUUAUUUUCCACUGCGAGUUUUCGUCAGAAAGGGGACCAAAAAUGUAUAGAUUUCUACGAGCUCAGGAUCGUGCGCUGAACAAGUCGAGUUAUCCGUCCUUGAACUACCCGGAAGUGUACCUGCUUGACGGAGGCUACAAAGCGUUCUACGAAAAUGAUAAGAACCACUGCAGUCCAAUGUCUUAUUUGCCAAUGCUUCACAAGAGCCACACAGACGAUUUGCGUCACUUCCGUUCGCGGUCAAAGUCCUGGGCGGCUGGCGAGAAGAGGAAAAGAUCCAUGCGAUUGCAGUUUUGAGACUUUAACGGAAAACAAAAUAUGGACAUACAUUAAGGAGACAAGAUAGUGAUCUGUGAGCUACUGUGACGUCAUUGACAAACGGAGUUGUGAUGAUAUUUCUGUGAUAUUAAUUAGUAGUGCUAUAUUGACAUGUGAUAAAGAAACUGGCGAUAGCUCCAUUAUAGUGAUCUAUUGGACUACAUCAGUUUUGAAAGAUGUCGAAUUUUCUUUCUUUCUUUCUUUUUUUUUCUGUUUCUUUCUUUCUUACUUUCUUUCUUUCUUUCUGUUUCUUUCUUUCUUU